AUGCAGGCACGCUUGCUGCUGGUUCUCUUGCUACUCGGUCGCGUGAUGUCGCAGCGGUCGAGUCGAGACCUUGACAUUGCUCACUUCCUCCAGGAGCGAGCAACCUGGCACCCAAUGUGUCUCUAUACUUUUGAUACCUUCGCUAUCCGUGAAGACAGCGCCACCAUCAGGAACCGAGUUCCGAAUAACGCUUGCCCUUUCGAUGCUCUUGAACCUGAAGGUGACCUCGUAACGAGCUUGAACACGGAGUCCGCUUCCUGGCAGCUAGGAGUCCACCUGGCGGAAGACCCUGCAAACAACACCAAGCGGGUCCAACUGUCGUCAACGAGCACAGUUUCGGCGCGUGACUUCUUCACGAUGGCAGCGGUUCGGAAUGACACGGUGACCAACUCGGGUGUGACGUUCGAGAUGGUGAUCAGGCGUCGAGCAAUAGCGAACCGCAGCAUGACGCUGUUCUCGAUUGCCAACGAAUACGACAGCUGUGUAGACCCUGGGUUUCGCCUCGACUUGAACGAGCAUCAAGUGCUAGUGUUUGUUUACUUUUUACCAGUACUAGAGGAAGGUGGCGAAGCAGGAGUCGAGGCGUGCUACGAGCAGCGGCUCUUUUCAGUGGACAAUUCGGCAGCAUGUCAACUUCCUCCACUUCAAGAACCGGUAGAUCGGACGCCGCCUGUACAGAUCAUAGUCACGUUGGAUCCGUCAAGCGAGAGAGGCAUGUGGAAAACCGACUUCUACAUGAGUUACACGGAUGUCGAGACCGAUGAACGAGUCGAUUGCGUCGUGCACGAUGAACAGCACCCACCCAACGCUCAGGUCCUCAACCAACUAGUCGAAGGUCGAUACCGACUGUACGUGGGCAAUAGCCCUCGCAACGUUGUUUCACCACGACAACGUAGGCGUUUAGCUCCGACCCGUAAGCUCCAACCUCUUGGGAAUACCAGCCAUUUGAACGCUACCGAGCGGCUCCGUGAAACGCUGAAGCAGAAACUGAUGCGCAUCAAUGGACCGCGUUUGCCAAAGGCCAUGCGGAUCUUCGGUGACAACUCGCUGUCGCUAAACAUCUUGGGCAUCACCUUCCCACCGCUGAAUGAGGACACGCCACUAGCUUAUCUCCGCAGCAAGCUUGCAGAAUUCAAGAAGCAGCAUGGUGACCAGAUCGUCGAUUACUUGGUAUCCUUGGUGCACCACAAGAUGAAAGACCCCGUCGUUAUGCAGCAGUCGAAUCCAUGGAGCGAUCAAAGCCGCAGCAAAGACAGUGAUGGAUUCUCCAGGGCUGCGCUUUUCCAAGGCGCAGAUAGCGCGACGUUCGAUGUCUUCCAUUUCGCCAUCUACCGUCGCGUGGUAUCGGAAGACCAAGUGAAUGCAAUUGCUAGGCAGCAACUCAUGCCAUCUCGACAGUUCCCCUCUCGACAACAAACAGUGCGAAUGUCUGAAGACUCCACCGUGCUAUUGAAUCUUACGAUGCUGCAUGGCGUUUACAAUGACUUGCAGCUAGAGAUACGUGACCUACCCGAGUUUGGACAGCUACUGCUGUACGUGAACAGAACAACGGUGACGACGAGCAACAAGGACGCGUUUCGAGAGCUACCGCUGGAACACCAACGUCACAUCUUUUUCCAACCACUGGUCGAUCAAAAUAACGAGAACCUUCCGUUGCCAAACCCCGUGGCAUUUUCAAGGCGGGUGAUGCCAUACGCGACAGUCAAGUUUGGCAUCGCCAACAGUUCGGCAGGACGGGCUGUGAACAAGAGCCUGGAAGCGACAUUUGACAUAUUCGUAGAUGCAGUGAACGAUGCCCCGCGCCCUCGUAGUUAUACGCUGGACGUUCAGGUUGAGGUUGGUUUUCCAGUUUCCCUUCACUUAGAAGGUGACGAUAGCGAUGGAGUUCCUCCGCCUACAGCAUCAAAUGCCGAUGCCUCCCAGUCACACGAUCUCAUGACGAAGUUUACGUUUCGAAACGCAACAGCUAGUACGCCAACAAGCCUGCAGAUGCUGAAGAUCGUGCGGAUGCCGCACUCUGGCGUGUUAUACGACUGCAAAGCUCUGUGUGGUGUAUCAAAUCUUGAGCUGAACGAGGGUCGACAAUCAGUGACUCCAACUCGGAUCUAUCGGAAUAGCACGGAUAUUGAAAACGCAACCCAUUCCACGCACUUGAUGUACAUCUAUCGUGGAUGGGGGCAGCAUGAACCGUUGCCGAACGAGAACGCUUCAUCAGUAGUAGUUGAUGAGCUUUGGUACAAGUUAUCUGAUGGAGAACCUGGUGUGUUCUCGGCGGUAGCUAAAGUCUACUUUGUCCUCGUGAACAGCACGAAUUAUUCAGGGAACCCCAAUGUACUUGCAGCUGUACGAGUUGAUGAAGACUCGUUUCGAGUGGUGAAUCUUUUCACACUAGAUCCUCUGGCUGCAUUUAUCAGCGUCCAGACACGACUCAGAGUGACAGCCUUACCACGGCAUGGAGCUCUUUAUCAAUACAGCAUUCAGGACAACUGCAAUAGCAGUGUGUCGGAUACGCUCGUCACGUCCGUUGGAGCACGUAUCUCAAACCCCGGUGAUAUCAUUUCCGACUUGUGCGGCAGGGUGAUCUACGCGCCUGAACUUGAUUAUUUCAAUAUCGAGUCGAACGUUGCGCUUCGAAGAGCACUUGACUUUGACCACUUUGAGUACCAAGUCUUGAACGCAACGAGCUCAAGCAAUACCUCGCUAGUGGUGAAUGAACGAUCACCGAGUGCACAGUUUAUCGAUGGCUCAAUCGUGCGCAGAAUCGAAGUGGGGGUUGUGAACGUGCCUGAUGCGAUCGUUGUGCUUCCCCCAUUCGUAUUCACUCCAAACGCGUCGGUUGGCAAGCCGUUUGCAACACCGAUUACCUUCAGGGACCCCGACAGCAGAAACCCGGAUGAUCUCUAUCAAGUCAACCUCGAAGCCGUGGACAGUGCUUCGGAGUUCGAGCUGGGGUUUGCAAUCACCAACGAUGAUCUAAUGAUCGGGUGUUCAUUCGAGCGCCCGUGCACGCUUCGGCGAAGUGCAAAUGGAUCCCUUGUCAACACGAGCUCACGAACCAUGGAUGAGCUGCAGUUUCACAUAUCGACGCAGCUCUACGAUCCUUCACACAUCCAGGUUAUCGGAACAAAAAGUGGACUCAGUAAGGCUCUGUCAGCGCUCUCGUUUCGCGACUUGUCGGGUGUCUCCAGCUCCCACGCAGUCGAAUUUAUGCUGUGGAUCAAGCAAGCUGGCAACGAAAGCAGAGCUGACACUCGUGAAUCUCACACAACGUUCACAGUCCAAUUCUCGACAAACGAUCAGGUUGACUCGAUCUCUAGUGUGGACAUGGCUGCCAUGUUGAAGUCCACGCUUAGGCGAUACGUCUUCACGCUUCUCUUUCUCAUUGCAGGAUGGCUUGUCUUGUCAAAUUCGUCCUGCAACUCCAUCGGAUUUUGCUGCUGCUGCAGUAGAAUGCGCAAGAAGCGACGACAAAAGUUUGAGCAACAACAACGGCUUUUCCAGGCGCAAGUAGCACAGAACGACCAUGAAUACUCGGCGCUGCUCAUGGGCCUGGCAGACAUGCUUUUGGUGCCAAAUUUACGGGUGAGCACGUGUGUGCUCGAGUGCUGUGUGGAGUCUAAUGUCUGCCAGACCAAGAGAGAGAUAAUGACACAGGCAGUCGUCUUGCGAAGUCUAUUGCCAUUGCUGGAAGCCGAACGCCAGGGAACUCGAUUUGUAUUCCAGCUUAUUGCAAAGGAGUACCGCGUUAUGACAAGUGGAUCAUCGCUCUUUCAGCGCCACCGAUUUCUACGAGGGCAUAGCACCGCUGGUAAAGCACUUGCUCGUUUCUGUCGUAUCGUGGGAACCAAGUGGCUGUCAGAAGUUCUAGGGAAGAGUGCCCACACAGCUACAUCACAUCUCAACGAUACCGUUGUGUUCAGCCUCGACCGUCUACUCGAUAAGCUUGUUGUGCACAUCGAAACGCUUCCUGCUGAGAUUGUGAUCUUGUGCCGCGCAUGUGCCAAGUUGUUUCAGGAAAACGAAAGUACUGAAAGCCGGGAGCUGGAACUGGAUGCAAUGCAUCUUGUUUUCUUCAACCACUUCCUCGGACCAGCAUUGAUCUUUCCGAGGGAGAACGAGCUUGGACUUGUGCCGUCACUGGAGCAACAAACUGCGUUGCAAGUUAUAGCUCAUCAAGUUGUGGCCUUUGCAGACCAAUGGAUGACGUCCACAAACAUGGAUAACAAUCUGCGGUCUCGAAGCAUUCGUGCUGACAGUCUUCCUAGCACCAUCUCGUCUCGGACUCGAAGCGCAGCAAUGUGUCGAUACAAAUACGAAGCUUUGCUCGACAGAGUCUCGCAGUCGACUACAGUAGCGAGUACGUACGAUCCGAACGAGAAGAAAGCCGACAUUGACUGUGAGCUCAUGGGCUUGUGCCUCAUGAACAUCCACAGUCUAAUGGACAGCUACUACUUCGCUUUCAAGCAAAGAGUUCUUCAGACUCAAGCCUCCGUAGUUAGCAAGCAGACACAACGAGACACACUGAACCGUGUCUGUCGUCUACUAAAGGCGCUUGGGCAGCCACUCGCCAGCAUUCAUGAGUACGUUGAGUACGCACGAGCCGAGCUGAUGACCGAUCCACUGCUCUGGAACGGGUUUAGUUUCCAGGAAUGGCAAGAGCGAGCCCAGACAUCGAGGUCGCCUUGUCCACUGCGUUCCACCUGUCAACUCCGUGAUGAUCCAGUCCUGCCUUCAAUCGUCACGAUGGAGCAAGUGAUGCUCGAACAAGGCGACAGCUCACUUUCGCCUCAUGACGUGGACUAUCUCCGUACCUGCUCUAGCUAG